AGGUCAGUCCAGGGAGGACGGACAGGUCAAGGAGGAGGGAUGAGGCUGGUAGGUAAGGAGAUGGGGGUGAGGCUUGAGGUGGGAGAAGGACAGGUUAGGGAGGCGGGGACGAGCUGGGCUGGUUUUGGGAUGCGGUCGGGGGAGGAGAGAUUUUGAAGCUUGUGAAGUCCACAUUGAUACCAUUGGGCUGCAAAGUUCCCAAGCAAAAUAUGAGGUGCUGUUCCUGCAACCUUCGGGUGGCAUCGUUGUGGCACUGCAGGAGGCCCAGGUUGGAUAUGUCGUCCAAGGAGUGGGAGGGGAAGUUGAAAUGGUUCGCGACUGGGAGGUGCAGUCAUUUGUUGCGAACCGAGCGUAGGUGUUGUCCCAAUCGAACUGGUGGUUCUCCUCAUCCGUGUGAAUGGAGAUGAUUCACAGGGUCUGGGAAGAUCGAGAGAUUUGCAGUUGGAAAAUUCAAACCAAACAUCGCAUCAGGAACCGAAAGUACAUUGUAAUUCUUAUCGUCUUUUGAACAUGCAAGUUAAAAAUACUGCUCACAGAGGGAAGAAAGCGUACAUGUGUUUUGUAUGUGGGCAAAGCUUCAGCCGAUUAUGCUACCUAUCAGAACAUAAGUGCAGUCAAACUGGGGAGAAGCCGUGGAAAUGUGAGGAAUGUGGGAAGGGAUUCAUUUCCCCAUCAAAGCUGGAAGCUCAUCGGCGCACUCACUCUGGGGAGAAGCCGUUCACCUGCUCUGAGUGUGGGAAGGGAUUUGCUCAGUCAUCGACCCUGCAGACACACCAGCGAGUUCACACCGGAGAGAAACCUUUUAGAUGCCCAGAUUGUGGAAAAUGCUUCAAAGGUUCUGGGGAACUGAUAUCCCAUCAACGUGUUCACACUAGUCAAAGACCCUUUAAAUGUCCCGAGUGUGGGAACUGUUAUAAAAGUUCGGGGAACCUGAUGUCACAUCAGCACGUUCACACCGAUGAGAGACCAUUCAGGUGCUCUCACUGUGGAACUGGGUUCAGGCGAUCAUCUCAUCUCAUUGUGCACCAGCGAGUUCACACUGGGGAGAAGCCAUUCACCUGUUCUGUGUGUGGUAAGGGAUUCUCUCAGUCGUCCCAUCUGCUCACGCACCAGCAAGUACACUCUAGGAAGAAACUAUUCAUUUGCUCUUAGUAUUGGAAAGAGUUUACUGGCUGCUCAACACUACUGAGUUCGCGCUGGAAAGAAACUGUUCAACUGGACUGAGAGUGGAAGAGGAUUUAUUUGUUCAUCCCAUCUGGUAAAACGCCACCGAAUUCACAAGUAACUACAGUCACUGCACUUCGCUGCUCGUCAAAUCCAAGAAUGAACUGAAUGAAUGGCAUCAUAAAGAUACAGUCUGUAGGCAGUUGUGAUCACUACAUGUUUGAAUUUUCAAUCAGUACAGGGAAGAGAAGAGUGAAUCUAAGACUACUAUUUGAAACUUGAAUAAAUGCAAUAACAAAGGAUUGAAGACAGAGUUGUCUAAAUUGCCCUGGCAAAAGAAAUUAAGAUAGGUCAGUAGAGAAGCAGUGGCAGACAUCUCAGGAGAUAGAGUCAUAGAGCUGUACAGCCUGGAAGCAGACCCUUUAGUCCAACUCGUCUAUGCCGACCAGAUAUCCUAAUUUAAUUGAGUCCCAUUUGUUAGCAUUUGGCCCAUAUCUCUCAUAUUCUUCCUUCCUAUUCAUGUAUCCAUUGAGAUGUCUUUUAAAUGUUGUAACGUUUAAAUGUUGUAACUGUAACAGACUCCACCACUUCCUCUGGCAGCUCAUUUCCAUACAUGCACCACCCUCUGCGUGAAAAAGUUGCCCCUCAGGUCCCUUCUAAAUCUUUCCCCUCUCACCUUAAACCUAUGCUGUCUAGUUUUGGACUCCACUGACCUGGGAAAAAGACCUUGGAUAUUCAACCUAUCCAUGCCCCUCAUGAUUUUGUAAACCUCUAUAAGGUCACCCCUCAGUGUCUGACAUUCCAGGGAAAAUAGCCCCAGCCUAUCCAGCCCCUCCCUAUAGCUCAAACCCUCCAACCCCAGCAACACCCUUGUAAACUUUUCUGAACCCUUUCAAGUUUCACAACUUCCUUCCUAUAGCAGGGAGACCAGAAUUGAACGCAGUAUUCCAAAAGAGGCCUGACCAAUGUCCUGUACGACCACAAAGUAAUCUCCUGACUGAUAUACUCAAUGCACUGACCAAUACAGGCAAACAUAGCAAAUGCCUUCUUCAUUAUCCUGUCUACCUGUGACUCCACAAUCAAGGAACUAUGAAGCUGCACUCCAAGGUCUCUUUUGUUCAGCAACAGUCCCCAGGCCCUUACCAUCAAGUGUACAAGUCCUGCCCUGAUUUGCCUUUCCAAAAUGCAGCACCUCACAUUUAUCUAAACUUAACUCCAUCUGCCACUCCUUGGCCUAAUGGCCCAUCUGAUCCAGGUCCAUUGUACUCUGAGGUAACCUUCUUUGCUUUCCGCUGCACCACCAAUUUUGAUGUCAUCUGCAAACUUACUAACCAUACCUCCUAUGUUCACAUUCAAAUCAUUUAUAUAAAUGACAAAAAGCAGUGGACCCAGCACUGAUCCUUGUGGCAUACCGCUGGUCACAGGCUUCCAGUCUGAAAAGCAACCCUCCACCACCACCCUCUCUCUCCUACCUUCAAGCCAGUUCUGUAUCCAAAUGCCUAGUUCUCCCUGUAUUCCAUGUAAUCUAAGCAUGAGGAACCUUUUGACUUCAAUACAUUCAGCAAUGUUACAUUGCAGUUUAAAAGGAGAAUUUCCAGUAGAAGGAACCCCAUCUGUGGUCAACUAAGGAAGUUAACAAAGAACAACAUACAGGGAUGACACAGUGGUCAGCACUGCUGCCUCACAGCGCCAGGGACCCAGGUUCAAUUUCACCCUUGGGUGAUUGUCAUGUGGAAUUUGCAUAUUCUCCCUGUUUCUGUGCGGGUCCUCUGGUUUUCUCUCAUAGUCCAAAAAUGUGCAGGUUAGGGUGGAUUGGCCUUGCUAAAUUGCCAGGGAUGUGGAUUAGCCAUAAGAAAUGCAGGGUUACAGGGAUAGGGCUAGGUGGGUGGGUUGGUCUGGGUGGGAUGCUGUUGUGAGGAUCGGUGUGGACUCAAUGAGCUGAAUGGCCUGAUUGCACACUGUGGAGAUUCUAUAAUUCUAAUUCUUAAAAAAAGAAAGCAGGUCAGAAGGCUGGAAAGAAUUUUAAAACCAGCAAAGAAAGACUGAAAACUAUGAGGGUGAAAUUAGAUGUAUGAGGGGUAAAAAGCCAGCUGUAAAUUUAACAACUCAGUGUAACAGCUUUUGCUUGUAUUAGAAAUAAAAAGAGAAAGUAAAGUGAGCAUUGGUCCUCUAAAGAGUAAUAAUGGAUAACAAGUAAAUUGCAGAAAUGUUGAGCAGAUCGUUUUGGGGUAUCUGCACUGCAGAAAAUAACUACUAUGCCAAAAGUACUUAUAAUUCGAAGUGGGGGGAAGAAAGAGAGAGACAGUCAAAUAAUUGGAACUUCCUUCCUAAGAGCACUAUGAGUGGUUCUGCACCCCAAGAAUGGUGUUGUUUCAAGAAUACAGCUGACCCCAUCUUCAGGACCCCAUCUUCUAUGCUCUGAUGAACAAUCAUCUAGACUUGAAACGUUAGCUUACUGUCUCUCCAUGUAUGCUACCUGACCUGCUGUGAUUUCAAGCAUUUUUUGUUUACAGCCCAUCUUCAGGAUAUUUAGGGAUAGGCAAUAAAUUUUAGCCUUAUCUGUGACAGCCACAUCCUGAGAGCAAUGAAAGAGACGCCUAAAACAAUUACAAUUAAAGGGACUGAAAACAAUUUGAAAUGAAAGGCAAACAGGUUCGAAAGAGACCCCCUCACUUUUGAUGAUUUGCAUUGCCAAUAAAAGGCUUUGUUUGUAAAUAUUUGAUUGACUACACGGGUGAUUACUGAUGGUAGUUGAAAGAGAAAAAAAAGGGGAAGAAAAAUUGCAGUGAUUUUGGUGGGAAAGUUGCUCAGUUGUUCGUAAUAGCACUUCUGGGUAUAAAAGCAAUUUUGCAUUGCCCAUAAUGGGCUUCUUCCGUAAAUACUUAAUAGCCUACAAGACUGUUUUACUUGUCGUGGUUAGUAGUUUCAAUAAAAACAAACAAAAAAUGUCAUGUU